UUUGCUAUGACAUAUUCCAGGUGUGUAGAAAGCAAAUGUGAGCAUAACAUCUGGUGUAUCGAGGAUGGGCAUAAGCUUGCUGUCUCUGUAUCGUGUGGUUGCAUGAAGUAAUGGACAGAAUCUCCAUACAAUCGUCGGUGAUAAUGGGAUAGUAACGCUGAUAAUCUACGAAGGUGGCAGCAAUACAUUUAUUCGGAGCAUGAUAUGGAGAAAACUAAAGAUCCUUGAUAGCUGCAGAAUUUUUCUGAAACGUUUGUAAUGAAUCUGCUGUGAUGCCAUAAACAAGAAUGACAAUGGACGUUUGGCCACAAUGAACCUGUCUAAGGGGACAACCAAGGUAAAGUUUGUGAGCAAUGAUGAUCUUUCCGUCGGAAACGUAGCUUCUGUUUCCACGACAACCAACAAUGGCCCGGACAAACGGAUGAGUAAAUCCCUCCAUGACGUUCGCGCAGGAACCAUGGAGGAGAAAACUAAUUGGGUGGAUGAAAAACGACCACCGCUGCCACCUGGUAGUGCAAAUCAGGUAGAAAAAUCAGGGGCCACAACUGUUGGACCUGGUGGUGGUGUGAAGUGGAGUAAGGAUGGCUCAAAUUCUGGAAAGAGUAUAAAAGGCGGAAGUCGAGAUUUAGAGAGUACGGAGGAAGAAGUAGUGAUCUGUUAUCAAGACGAGGCUGUGACGGUUGGAGAGACAGGGGCGGGUAACUCUGUGAAGACGGAAGAACCCCCAAGAUUGAUGGUCGUCUCUAGCAAGAUUCGCAAUAGCAUGGCUUUGCGACACGCUAUUCUGCCAAAUGUGAUUUUCGUACAAUACAAGUUUGAUUCAGCGUCCUUGGAAGGAAUUCUUAAUCUGGUGACGACGACCUUGAACUCGAGAAAGGUCAGUAGUAUAGCACUAAUUCUGAGCUGUGUCGGAUCAUCCAUCCACGUAUCUGGUAAAGACGAAAAGGUAAUAACCAAGGAGACCAUAUCAGAAUCUCAGCCAAUCAGAGACUUCUUUACAAACCUAGUCGGUGACCACCUAGACAAGACGACAGAUGAGCUGCGAUUGGACCUGUUGGCCUGCAAUGCUGUCCAACAUGGCGACUCAUCAACUAUCACCAAGGAGAUUGAAACACUCAUUCAGCAUCCUGUGACAAUGUCCAGAGAUUUAGUCGGAGCUGACCAUAACAAUACUCUAGCAAAAAGUACUGAUGCCAAAGUCACCUGUGUGGGAGAGUUUUACUUCAAGGUGGAGAAACUUCGUGGCUGGAGCGGACAACAGCAGCAGUCUCUGGCUGGGUUUGAGAAAAUACAGACUGUUGGCAAAGGUGCAUAUGGUGUUGCAGUGCUGUAUAAGAAGAAGGACGACGAGUCGUUGGUUAUUCUAAAGGAGAUAAAUAUGCAUGACCUCAACGCCGCUGAAAGACAACUUGCCCUUAACGAGGUAAACAUUCUUGCCUUCUUGGACCAUCCCAACAUCAUCAGUUACUAUGACAGUUUUGAAGAAGACGGUGUUCUUAUGAUAGAGAUAGAGUAUGCGGAUGGAGGGACUCUAGCCCAGUUCCUCGCUCAGCAGGACAAACCACUGGAGGAGAAAACUAUCCUGACCAUGUUCCAACAGAUCGUGGCCGCCAUCAGACAUAUCCACGAACACAACGUGUUACAUCGCGACCUGAAGACGGCAAACAUCUUCCUCACCAAGGAAGGCGUGGUGAAAGUGGGUGACUUUGGUAUCUCCAAAAUGAUGAGUUCCGCUAACAAGGGAGCUAACACUGUCCUGGGAACACCUUACUACAUAAGUCCAGAGAUGUGUGAGGGCAAGCCAUACAACGACAAAUCAGAUAUUUGGGCGUUGGGCUGUAUCCUGUAUGAGAUGGCCUGUCUACAGAAAACAUUUGAAGGCUCCAACCUACCCGCUCUGGUCAACAAAAUCAUGAAGGGUCAGUUCGCUCCAGUCAAGGAUAUUUAUAGUGCUGGAUUCAAGGAACUCAUCAUGGAUAUGUUACGACAAGAUCCGGGGCCGCGACCAUCUGCUCACGAACUUAUGUACACAAGACUCCCAGAGUUGAUGAAUUCCUUUGAGGAUCCUACAACAGACUGUGACGAUGAUCUGCUCCAUUCUCACGAAAGUAACGCCAAAACUAAGAAGAAAACCAGAUCACUGUUUUUCUACUUUGAGAGUUCCUCUGCCUCUAUCACUCCAAUAGAACUUCCUCCUAAAAUCAAAAUUAGACAUGCAGCAGCUGGUGAAGACCAUGUGAUAGUUGUCACCACGGAGAGACAGGUGUUUACGUGGGGCGAAGGGGGCAAAGGUCAACUGGGUCAUGGCAAUACUGAGUCACUAACAAAACCUACAUUGGUGGAGGCCCUUACGGGGAAAUCAAUAACAAGAGGUUCCUGUGGAGCUGGAUUCAGCAUAUUUGCCAGUGACAAUGGGAUCAUUCUGACCUGUGGGGACGGGACAAAGGGGUGUCUCGGACACGGGGACUGGACGUCUACAUACAGACCACGCCUCAUCGAGUCCCUACUCAGUGUUGAUGUGAUAUCAGUGGCCUGUGGACCCAAACAUGUCGUAGUUGUUGGGAGUGAUGGUGAAAUAUUUUCCUGGGGUUGUGGUGGUGAUGGACGAUUGGGGCUGGGGAAUGAGGACAAUCAGUGCCAGCCUACCGAGGUAAACAUCGUGGAGCCGGUUGUGGUGCGUGAGGUUCGGUGUGGUGUCGAUGGCACAAUGUUCCGUACAGACGUUGGUGGCGUGUUCGCCUGUGGCAGUAACCUUGACAACAAGCUUGGUCUCAACCAUAGACAGGGAUUCAUCAUGGCCAUGAAAAAUCUAUUUAUCAAGACGGAGGUAGAGGGACUGAAGGAACCAACGCCGGUCAGAGCUUUGGCCCGCCACAAAGUGCUGGACAUCACCAUGGGCUUGCACCACACAGCGGUCAUUGUAGAACCCGGACAUGUGUUCACAUUUGGACGCAAUACUGAGGGUCAACUAGGGAUCAGUAACACUAAAGAUGCAAGUGCUCCUGUACAGGUCAAAUCAAUGGCGGACAGUGUUAUCAAUAGAGUUCAGUGUGGAGACCAUUAUACAGCAGCUAGUACAAUCAACAAUGAGUUGUAUUACUGGGGACUUCGCUUCAAGGUCCCAUCAUCACAAACGAGUGUUGUAAAGGACAAUGACAGCUGUUCCAGCAUUAAUGGUAGCAUCAUUAACAAGGACGACAUUCGUCUAGAGAGUGUCACUCCAAGGGAGGCUACUAGGGAUGAUGUUGCAAUGGAAAGUGUCACACCCAGGAAGGGUUCGGCGUCACACUCCCGACAAGCCAGUAUAACGAGUAUAUCUAGUUUAGCCAGUACAAGGGAGUCCGGUCAACUCUCCAGCCAUGAUGGCACCGUGGGAUCCAGUAUAACAGAUGAGGGUUGCCAAGACAACCUUGACAAAUUGAAGACAGAUGGCAGCCUUGACAACGUUAAGAUAGGCUCGACCCACAAGCGUCAGGAGAGUGUUGACAGUGCUUUUUCCCAGGGUUUGACAGACAGCGGAAUUCCAAGCUCCCUGCCGAACACUCCGUCUGACACAAGCAGUCUUACUAGGCCAGGUGGAUUCCGACCUCUGAGUAGCGUGCCACGGCGAACCUCAAGUGCCAGCAGUGGCCGGGAGAACAGUAAAGAUAAAGACAAGGACAAGGAAAAGGACAAAGACAAGGACACGGAGGUCAACAAGGAUGAAUCCGAGAUCAUCUACCCUCCUAUGCACCUGAUGAAAAUCAGCAAGUCUGGUGACGAAUCUCUGACGAUCAGCAGUUUCUUCUGUCAUGGUGAGAACCUGUUUGUGCAGCUAGAGACGUCGGCCCCUCCUCCUCGACGAAAAAGUCGCAAGAAACGGGGAAUCAGAAAACGAUUUAGUGGUAAUACUCUAAAUGUACCUAAAGAUACAGCCCUUCUCUACUCUGCGUCUAGUCGCGAGGGAGGAGACGAAUACUCAUCUGAGGCGUCCGAAAUGGACACACAGGGAACGGUACCUCGCUGGCUGAAGGAGGAGCUAGCCAACAGCGAGCGGGAAAUAAAUGACGGGAAUGAGGCUGAUGACACAAGUGACCAAUCAGAUGACGAAUUAUCGCGGAAAAUGAUUGACAGCUCGAUGUCUAGUAUACAAAUCAACAAGGAUCUUAACCCUGCCAAAAAUCUAGAAACGGUGAGCCCUCGAGUCAAACAGAAAAAGCCUAUCACAGAGGACCUUGAGAAAACAAUGCCUGAAACUCCAGAGCAGAGCAGGGACCGAUCAACGUCAGCAAAUAGUACGGAGAGCGAGGUAGACUUCCCUUCUGGGAGCAUCCACUCUGACAGCUCAAAGGAAAAUGUACCUGGCCAUAGACGUAAGCUAAGCGACUCCAGUAACUUUAUUAAGAGGAAUAUCCAGGUGACUAGUCGUAAGUCAUCGGCCCCUAUCGGGAACCGGAACCGCCUCCCUCCUGGGCCCCAGAAACCCUUGAGUCGAUUGAGGGGCCAGCCCCAGAAUCAGGGACAGGAAGCGAUGUUGAAGGAACAGCUAGCAGCCCGCGGCUUUGUGUCCGAUGUUACUGUAAAACGGCGUCAGGAGGCAUUGCAGCAUGAGCUAGAGAUUACUCGCGAGGAGAAACAGAGAGCCGAGGAAAAGAUUCAGAAGCUGGAAAUGGAACAUAGGCACAAGGAGGCGUUACUGCGACAGGAGGCGGAGCUUCAUGUUCUGAAAAGGGAGAAAAACCUUGAAGAACAGAUUGAACUGUUGAAGACAGAACUUAGAAAUCAAAACUCCCAGUUGAAGGACAAUCAGAGGAUGGUCCUGUCAUUACGGGAUGAGCUUACCAAGGUCCAGACGGGUUCAGGAUCGGGACAAUCGUCCCGGAGUCAGUCAGGCGGAAAGGAGAGUAGAGUCUGCACAGUUCAGUGAUCUAGGGUCAAGGUCAUGUACGGGAAAGUUGCAACCUUAAUAAAUUGCAAAGAAUUUAAAUUGCAUUGGCGAAAGGUCAAAGUUCAUCUUCAGAUAUUUGACCUCCAAAUGAUCAAAAUUAUCUGCAGAAAUAAGGAUAAUAUAGGAUUAACACUGUUUUCUCAGUCAAAGUUUUUGACAGAAUAAAAGUUAGUUAUUAUCUAAAACGGAUAAUAUGUGAACCUCUGAUUGUCCCAGGGUCAAAGUUCAUUUUUGAAAAAUUUGACUUCAAACGAGAAUUUUUUUUUUAAA